UUUCCCUGUCACUCGAGUGACACGACCAGACGGAGAGACCGAGCGUCUACCCGGCGGAGGUCGCGCGACCGAGGAGGAGAAGCCGAAGAAGACUCCAGAUGGGGCUCGGCGCGUCCGGAUUGACGUCGUCCCUGCACAUCGUCAUGCUGGGCCUGGACUCGGCGGGCAAGACGACGGUGCUGUACCGGCUCAAGCUCAACGAGUUCGUCAACACGGUGCCCACCAUCGGCUUCAACGCCGAGAAGGUGCGCCUGCACGGCGGCGUCGCCUUCCACGUGUGGGACGUGGGAGGCCAGGAGAAGCUGCGGCCGCUCUGGAGGUCGUACAGCCGCGCCGCCGACGGGCUCGUCUACGUCGUCGACUCCGUGGACGCCGAGCGACUCGAGGAAGCGCGCACCGAGCUGCACAAGGUGACGCGCCUGCCUGAGAACCGCGGCGCCCCGCUGCUGGUCAUCGCCAACAAGCAGGACCUCCCGCGCUCGCUCCAGGUCGAGGCCAUCGAGCGUGGCCUGGGCCUCGGGGAGCUGGCGCCCGCCACCCGCUACCACGUGCAGCCCGCCUGCGCCAUCAUCGGGGAGGGGCUGCGCGAGGGCAUGGACAAACUCACGCACAUGAUACACGACCGGCGAAAAAGCCUCGCCGGCAGCAAGCGGCAACGGCACAACCCCAAGUGACGAGAGGAGGAGCCUGGCUAUGGUGAUGUCGUCGCUGUGAUGACACUUAUGACAGGGGGAAUCCUGGAUGUUGUGAUGUCAUCACUGUGAUGACAUAGGCAGUAGCGAGACUCACGUACACGCACUCUCACAUGCAGAGUCACGCAUGCAUUAAUAAACACUCUCACACAUGCUAACAAAGGGUUAAGAAAGGGGGUGAUGUCGUCCCGGUGAGGAUCAGGAAGCAAAACCAAAGCAGGCGGGCCUGUUAAUGGUGGACUUCCUUAUAUGGGCUUCCUCAUCUGGACUUCCUUAUCUGCACUUUGCUAACAUGACAACGCUAACGUGCUAACCAGCACACCUGUGCGUGUGUGGACUGAAGUUUUUGGAGAGUAUUAAACAGUUCAAAGCCA